UGUUCAGUUAAAGUGAAGGAGAGUUGGUGAUCCAGAAGCUGUUGUAUCAUGAGUGCCUCUGCUCUGAGCUCCAUCAGAUUCCCAGGAAGCAUCUAUGAGUUCCUUCAAGUAGCCUCUGUGCUCAGCCUGCUCCUGCUGCUCUUCAAGACAGCCCAGCUCUACCUGCACAGGCAAUGGCUACUCAGCAGUACUCAGCAGUUCCCAUCCCCACCUUCUCACUGGCUCUUUGGACACAAGAUCUUAAAGGACCAGGACCUUCAAGAUAUUCUAACUAGGAUUAAGAAUUUCCCAAGUGCUUGUCCACAGUGGCUCUGGGGAAGCAAAGUGCGCAUUCAAGUGUAUGACCCUGACUACAUGAAGCUGAUUCUGGGGAGAUCAGACCCAAAAGCUAAUGGUUCCUACAGAUUUCUAGCUCCCUGGAUUGGGUAUGGUUUGCUUAUGCUGGAUGGACAGACAUGGUUUCAGCACCGACGAAUGUUGACCCCAGCUUUCCACUAUGACAUUCUGAAGCCUUAUACGGAAAUCAUGGCAGACUCUGUUCGUGUAAUGCUGGAUAAAUGGGAACAGAUUGUUGGCCAGGAUUCCACCCUGGAGAUCUUUCAACACAUCACCUUGAUGACCUUGGACACCAUCAUGAAGUGUGCCUUCAGCCAUGAGGGCAGUGUCCAGUUGGACAGAAAAUACAAGUCCUAUAUCCAGGCAGUUGAGGACCUGAACAAUCUCGUUUUUCUCCGUGUGCAAAACAUCUUUCACCAGAAUGACAUAAUCUACAGAGUGUCCUCUAAUGGCUGCUGGGCCAACAGUGCCUGCCAACUUGCCCAUGAUCACACAGACCAAGUGAUCAAAUCAAGGAGGAGUCAACUUCAGGAUAAGGAAGAGUUUGAAAAGGUUAAGAAGAAAAGACGAUUGGAUUUCCUGGACAUCCUCCUGUUUGCCAGAAUGGAAAAUGGAAGAAGCUUAUCUGAUAAGGACCUUCGUGCUGAAGUGGAUACUUUCAUGUUUGAGGGCCAUGACACCACAGCUAGUGGUAUCUCCUGGAUCUUCUAUGCUUUGGCCACAAAUCCUGAACAUCAAGAGAGAUGCAGGAAGGAGAUCCAAAGUCUCCUAGGAGAUGGGGCUUCUAUCACCUGGAACGACCUGGACAAGAUGUCCUAUACUACCAUGUGCAUCAAGGAGGCCCUGAGGAUCUACCCACCUGUACCAAGUGUGAGCAGAGAGCUCAGCUCACCUGUCACCUUUCCGGAUGGACGUUCUUUACCCAAAGGUAUAAAUGUCAUGCUCUCCUUUUAUGGCCUUCAUCACAACCCAACUGUGUGGCCAAAUCCAGAGGUGUUUGAUCCUUCUCGAUUUGCACCAGGGUCUUCCCGACACAGCCACUCAUUCCUACCCUUCUCAGGAGGAGCAAGGAACUGCAUUGGGAAACAGUUUGCAAUGAAUGAGCUGAAGGUAGCUGUGGCCCUGACCCUGCUCCGCUUUGAGCUGCUGCCAGAUCCCACCAGAGUCCCAAUCCCCAUACCAAGAAUUGUGUUGAAGUCCAAGAAUGGGAUCCAUUUGCAUCUCAAAAAGCUCCAAUAAUCUUCACAGGACAAGAGAGCUCAAAUGGCAUGCUGCCUGCCAUUCUGUCUUUCUGUCACUCACUCUUUUCCCCAGUCCUUCUGCUCACAUCUCAUUCUUUCUUCUCACCUUGUUCACCUCCACCCACCUUCUGCUGGGCUUCCAGUCUCCUUGCCUGUCAGUCUUUCUCAACUUCUUCUGAUAUCCCUACUUGCUUUUCUCUCUACCUGUCCCUAACCUGACUGCAUGUUUGACCUUUGACCUUAAUGAUCUCCCUAACUUGCACCCUGCCUUUCUCUUCUGUGUAUUUCCUUCUCUUCUACUGCUUGUCUAUCCUUAAAUUGGGCUUUAUUCUGAUGUCAUAAUUAAUUAAAAGAUAAGUGUGUGCUCCUAUGACUCUAGA